CGAACAGUAAAAAGGAACACUUGGAAGUUAAAUUUCAUUUAAAUUCCUCUCAUUCCUUCAAGUCACUCACUCUCUUCUUCUUUUUGUGUCUGAAUGCAUCACCAAACAUUAACCCUAAAGUCUCCACUCUCUUGCCAUGUUUCUUCGCAACACUCCUCAGUCUUCCCCCAAAACCCUGGACUAUCAACAAUCGCUAUUUUCCCUCCAAUUUCAGCCAUGAACAGACCCAGUUCUUCCAUGUUCUGCUGCUACGGAAUUGGAACUGGAAUCUCUGCACCUAAUCACGCUUCCGAUUCUCAAUUCGGCAACUUACACAAUUGGAAACUGAGAAGCACUGGAGUUAAAACUAUUGAUGUUGCCACCUUGGGUAAUCUCUGUGUCGAUAUUGUUCUCAAUGUUCCCAAAUUGCCUCCGCCUUCACUCGACGACCGCAAAGCUUAUAUGGAUCAGUUGGCCUCCUCUCCACCAGAUAAGAAAUACUGGGAAGCCGGUGGAAACUGUAAUGUGGCUAUAGCAGCAGCAAGAUUGGGACUUCGAUGUACAAGUAUUGGUCAUGUGGGUGAUGAAAUUUAUGGAAAGUUUCUGAUAGAUGUACUUCGUGAGGAGAGAAUUGACAUAGUUGGAAUGAGUGAAGAUACUGAUGUUGUUGACAGUUCUAGUGUCUCAUAUGAAACACUUUUAUGCUGGGUUCUUGUGGACCCUUUACAAAGACAUGGCUUUUGCAGUCAAGCUGAUUUUAGAAAGGAGCCUGCAUUCAGCUGGUUGAAUGCUCUAUCAAGUGAUGUGAAGAUGGCGAUUAAGCAGUCAAAGGUCCUGUUGGUUAAUGGUUAUGGUUUUGAUGAGCUCUCCCCUAGUCUGAUAUUAUCAGCUUUGGAGUAUGCCACCGAAGUUGGGACGUCAGUAUUUUUUGAUCCUGGACCACGUGGAAAGAGUCUUUCUAGAGGAAUGACUGAAGAGCAAAAAGCACUUAGCUAUUUCUUGAGGAUGAGUGACGUUCUUCUUCUAACAUCUGAUGAGGCUGCAUCUUUGACUGGCAUAAUAAACCCAAUUCUGGCUGGCCAGGAGUUAUUGAGGAAGGGGCAGCGCACAAAUUGGGUGAUUAUUAAAAUGGGUUCCAGGGGUUCAAUUUUGAUUACAAAGUCGAGCAUAUCAUGUGCACCAGCAUUCAAGGUGAAUGUAACUGAUACUGUUGGAUGUGGAGAUAGUUUUAUGGCUGCUGUUGCAUAUGGUUUUAUACGCAAUAUGCCCGCAGUUAAUACAUUAACAAUUGCAAAUGCAGUAGGUGCUGCAACUGCCAUGGGUUGUGGUGCUGGUAGAAAUGUGGCGACCUUGGGCCAACUAAUAGAACUUAUGAGGGCAUCCAACCUCAAUGAAGAUGAGGCAUUCUGGGAUGAACUACUUAAUGAAGAUGUGCAUGCACAGGAAAUUACAUUUCUUUCAAAAAUGGGCAUAAAUGGAAGUACAAACAACCUGAACUGUGUGGACCUGCAAAAGGUGCUUUCUGAAUUGUUGCAUAAGCUUGAAUAUGCUUGGUUUGAGGGAAAAGUGCCAUCAUGAUGCAAGGGAAAUAGGUUUUUUUGGUUACUAAUUUGAAUUUAUUGGAACUAAUUCAUUAUAUCAGUUUUACUAGGUUUGAAAUUAUUGGUAGUCUCACUCCCAUAAAAGGAGGACUGAUUUUGGGACAUUUAGGACAAGUCGGGCUCUUCUCAACUUCUUUAUUGGAUUCAGGAUAUAACACUUGUUUGGAAAAGCUUCAGUUCAAGUUGAGUUUGCAGUUUAUAUUUAUUUUUGAGUGAGCAUAUAUACUGAUGGUUGUCUGCUGACAUUUUUGUGGCUGUUGGAAUGAAAGAGAGUUUACCUCUGAUAUUAACUAUGUAAAGAUGUUCAAUUUUUUGCAACAUCUACAAGAAUCUUAUCAAGCAGGUAAUUUACAUGAUCUGAAGCUGUUAGUAUAAUGCUUUAUUUAUAAGAAUGAGAAAAGUAGAUUUGUCUUAA